GUCAGAAGUUGACUCACCCAAUCUCACUCUCGUUCUCACUCCCGUUCUCUCUCCCACUCUAACCUCCGACAAUGGGAAGCUCCAAUCACGGAACUACUGUGGACUCUUUCCUUUCCAACCAAUCCGCCAAGGUCUUCGUCGCUGGUCACCGUGGUCUUGUCGGCUCCGCCAUCGUCCGCAAGCUCCAGCAGCUUGGAUUCACCAAUCUCCUCCUCCGAACCCACGCCGAGCUCGAUCUCACCCGCCAAACUGAUGUCGAUGCCUUCUUUGCUGCUGAAAAGCCCCAAUUCGUGAUCCUCGCCGCUGCCAAGGUCGGUGGCAUCCACGCCAACAAAACCUAUCCCGCAGAUUUCAUCGCCAUCAACCUCCAAAUCCAGACCAAUGUGAUCGAUUCAUCCUAUCGCCACGGCGUAAAGAAGCUACUGUUCUUGGGUUCCUCUUGCAUUUACCCUAAGUUUGCUCCGCAACCAAUCACCGAAGAAGCAUUGCUCACGGGUCCAUUGGAGCCCACCAACGAAUGGUACGCUGUGGCGAAGAUCGCCGGGAUCAAGAUGUGCCAGGGCUAUCGAUUGCAACACGGUUUCGAUGCGAUCUCUGGCAUGCCCACAAAUUUGUACGGCCCGUAUGACAAUUUUCACCCUGAGAAUUCGCAUGUGUUACCGGCAUUGAUUAGGCGGUUUCAUGAGGCAAAGGUAUCAGGUGCGAAGGAGGUGGUGGUUUGGGGCACCGGAUCACCCUUGAGGGAGUUCUUGCACGUAGAUGAUUUGGCAGAUGGAGUGGUGUUUUUGAUGGACAAGUACAGUGGGUUGGUGCAUGUGAAUGUGGGGAGUGGAAAGGAGGUGACGAUCAAGGAGUUGGCUGAAUUGGUGAAGGAAGUGGUUGGGUUUGAGGGUGAGCUUGUUUGGGAUACAUCAAAGCCCGAUGGGACACCGAGGAAGCUCAUGGACAGCUCGAAGCUAGCAGAAUUGGGAUGGGUCCCAAAGAUAGCACUGAAGGAAGGUCUUGUUGAUACCUAUAAGUGGUACUUGGAGAAUGUCAAGCAAUGAUGCAGGUGAUUAUGUCUUCUUCAAUGGGCUAUCAAUCCUUGUUUUAUGAUCUCAUAAUUUUUAUUACUUUUAAAUCAUGUCCAGGUCAAUCCACAUUUAUUAUGUAUCCACCAUGUGAAAUUUAUUAUCAGCAAUGCUUUGUUGUUUGGUCGUCAUUUUCUGAAGUGAUUCAGCAGUUGUUGAGGAAGUAAAAAUGGAGUUCUUUGUUAUUUAUAAUUGAUUCAAUUUUCAGAUGGUUUUAUUAUAGGGUUGUUAAACACUAUUUA